GGUGAUCGUCACAAGCGAACAUUCCAUUUUGUGUAGCUGUGUUAUCCGUAUCGCGUGGAAACGGCUAUCAUCAUGCUGAAGGUUGUUGGAGCAUCUUGGCAAAGAACCCGGAUAGGGUCCUACAUUCUGAUCGGCGCGCUCAUGCUUGCAGUUGCUGCACUAUUCCUGGCCGAUAUGGAGCGUCCAAGCUACAAAGGAACCUACUGUGCCACAACCUACUGGGCACGGAACUCUGGCUACCGGCUAGAGUUCUGGGGCCAACGUAAUGAUCUCGAUCUCGUACCGAAGGGUGCGGUACGCGCAUGCUUCCGUGACAGCAUUCUGACGAAUGGAUGGUCUCAGCUGGAGCUAGAAUCUCAAUCCACCUACUCGGAUACGGUGCAGGCGUAUGCGGCCGGCAUCAUGGAAGGUGCACUAACCUGGCACAACAUCUACAUGCAUUGGUCCAACACCAUCGAUGCAGUUUGCUCAAAAGACGUAGAGUCGGAAGAAUUUUGCGACUGGUUGCGCGGUCUCAUCACCACCAACGUGGACACUGUGAAAAAGAUGGCAGACAUGAAGGGAAAGCACAAUCGCUACUGGUACCAGAUUGCACUGUUUUACGAUCAACUCGAUGGGCUCGAAAUUGGUUUCCGAAAGGGUGUGAAGCGUUCGCGAAUGGAUUACGAAAUUCCGAAGCAGGACUUUUUGCUGAUGAACGCUGCAGUUGAUAUCCGAGAUUUGAAGAUUUACUACACCAACUUUCUGGUGGAAAACAGUGGCCUUAAACCGGAUCCAGCGAAGGGCAUUAUGUUGCUGAAGUUGCUAAAACAACCGAACGGUGUAUCGAAGAUUUUGCUGGGCCACACGUCCGACGGAAGCUACUCGUCGAUGCUACGGAUGGUGAAGAAGUACACGCUGCGGUAUCACUUCUCUUCGAACGUUUCGCGAUCGGCAGCUCCGAAAAAGGACGUUGAAGUGGAAGAUAACUCCGUAGUGCCUGGUACGAAUAUCGUUUUUACCGGCUAUCCGGGUGUGCUUGCAUCGCUCGACGAUUUCUAUGUGAUUAAUGGGCGCCGUCAGCAUAGACUAGUGGCAGCCGGGGUGAAGAUGGAAAACGAUCACAUUAACCUCUGGCGAAAGAUUGAUCUAGUGCGAUCGGUCUCGUUGGCACCGCGUGUAAUGGCGGCAAAUCGUCUUGGAACUAGUGGUCGCUCUUGGGCACGUUACUUCACCCGCAACCCAUCGACUGGUGUGAAGCAGUGGUUGGUGAUCGAUAUGUCACGCUUUGUAGCUGGUAAUGGCAGUGACGUAGAUCUGCUGACCGCACAGCAACCAUCGUUGGAAGUGCAUGUAGAUCGAUCGGAGGAGGAGAACGAGAUUCCAACCACACUCGAGCAGGAUCAGCCGCAACGUGUUGUUACCAAACGCAUGGAGGACUACGUCGACGAUGACUUCAAACAGCAUACAGCUGGCGCACGCCAAGUUCGAAUGAUUACCAUUCCAAAAUCUCCCGAACCGAUCGAAGCUGAGGAAGCGAAGGGAGGCGCGUUUGGUGCAGGAAUGUUUUGGGUAGUGGAUCAACUGCCCGGCUGGCUACAUGCGGAAGACAUUAGCGAAAAGAUCGUCGCCGAUGGUUAUUGGUUAACGAACGGUGUGCCUUACUUUAAGGAAGCGUUCGAUAUUGGACAGGCAGACGCGAAUGCUACCACCAACACCACCACGACCACCAUGGAAAAGAUCCUACAAAACAUCACCGAUCUGGAGACGCUGGCCAGGUUCUUCCGGCAGUCCGCAUAUCGGGGCGAUCUAGAUCAGGCUGAACCAGCCGCUUUUGGUAAUAUCGAUUUAAAGCUGUACACGGAAGCAUCCGACGGUACGGUACACUUCCGAGCGUAUUCUGGCCCGCUGUAUGAUCCUACGCGUAGUACCGGCAGCACGACAGGCCAAGCGGCUAAGCGUAGCAUCAUUAAAGCGGAACCACUACAGCAAGCUUCUUCUGCCGAGCGCGAAAAACUAACGCAAUCAGAAUCGGGCAGUGCGAUCAGCGGCGCAGGCACCUCCGUAGGCUCUCGUCCAUUUGAUUGGAGCCGAAUGUUACCAUUCGAGGUGCGCCAUCAGGGACAUCCGGAUGUGUGGGACUUUGAGCAUAUUACACCGGAAUGGGCGUGGAUUUGA